AUGCCCUGUGGUGGUGGCAUAUCACAGUGGGGGUCAGCGUCACCCCUGCAGCGGUGGCGUGUCACAGUGGCGCAGCAUCUUGCCAGUGGGCUCCCUGUGAGACGCCCCAAUGACAUGGGAGCUGACGAGUUCCUUCCUGCGGAUAUCAGGCGGGCAGUGAAGCGGGCAACUCGGAAGGUCUGCUAUGUCUGUGGUGAGCGGGGGGCCACUGUUACAUGCUGGCAGAAGGGCUGCAAGCGCAGCUUCCACUUCCCCUGCGGCCGCGAAGAUGGCUGUGUCUCGCAGUUCUUUGGGCAGUACAGGUCCUUCUGCCGGGAACAUCGCCCAGAGCAAACAGUACAGGCACAGCAGGAUGGGGAAACCUCCUGUCUCAUUUGUCUGGAGCCCGUGGAGGAAAAGCUAUCCCACCAUACGAUGGUGUGCCCUGCGUGUACGCACGCAUGGUUCCAUCGGGGCUGCAUCCAGCAACAGGCUCUCCGCUCUGGGCUGUUCUCCUUCCAGUGCCCCCAGUGUAAAGACAGCAAGAAAUUCCUGCCAGAAAUGUCUUCCUUGGGAAUCCGAGUCCCCAUCAGACAACCCGCAUGGGAGGCAGACGGUGCCUUCGCAGAACUGUAUCAGAGGCACAACCGAUGUGAUGCUAGCCAGUGCCUUUGUGCAGGGGGAAGAGGACAGGCAGAAGCAGCUGGGCCCUGGUACCUGCUCCUCUGCUCCUCCUGUGCUGCCAGGGGCACCCACCGACGCUGCUCUGCCUUAAGGGCCACCGCAGCCACGUGGGAGUGUGAUGGCUGUGCGGGCCUGGGCACUGGAGCAUGGGGCUUUGCCACUGACCUUCUGGCCUCUCCUUGCAGCCUCCUGUGCACAGCUGGAGACAGCCAGCUCCAGCAACACCAGCCAGCCGGCAUCGUCCCCCAGCUGCACGGCUCCUGUGAGCAGCAGCCAGGCAGGCCAGACUGGGCCAGAGCAAAGGCCAAGCUGCUCACGGUUACGACGCCGCCCACGAAAUCCUUACAGCCGGCCCUGAAGAGCCAGCGCUGCCCCAGCACAACCGCACUCCUUCUCGGCAGCUCUGCCGGUGGGGCCUUGGGGCCACCAGUCCCAGCCCCCGCCAGAGGCAGUCCUGCGGGGCCUGCUGUGUUCACCCAGCCUGUGUCCACCAGUCCCGCUGCACAGCCUCACGCGGGAGGGAUGCCGUCUUCCGGCCACGGGGAACCACACUGUGUCUGCUUCUCAAUAAAGAGAAUUGUUUACUGGUCUUAUGGCAAGAGCUAUGGCCUUGAAGUUACAAGUGAGCCAUCAGGGGGAGAGUGA